CAGGGCCUACAUAUGUGGGGUUGCAUAAGCCAUGGGGGGGGAGCGUUCGACUCGGCGUGCGUUAUUGCGAUGUGCCAGGCGGGAGACGUAGACGACGACAAAAGUGUGGGCGGAUGGACCCGUGGCCGGGGCCGGGGGUCCGGUUCAGAGCAGGAGCAGAGCAGUGGCAGGGGUGGCUGGCUAGCUAUUGUAGGCAGCCCAGCAGAUCUCUUGCCUCGGGAGGAGAGGGGCGAUUGAAUCGGGGGGUGUGGAGUCGAGUGCAGCUAGUAGGCACGACGAGACGAAAAUGAAAAUGAAACUGAAGAAUGCGCGGCGGGUGGUUGGCUCGUUUGCCGGUGCCGUUGCCGUGGCCGUUGCCGCUGCCGCUGGGGGCCGUGGCCGUGCUGCCGGUGGCUGUUUGCGUGCGUGUGUGUGUGUCGGAGGGAUGGCCGGUCGGUCGCAGGGUGGAGCGGGCGCGCUGCCGCAAUUUUAGGGUAGAGCGGAGAACUGGCGAGAGCAAUCAUGGCGAUGACGCUGCGAGCGGCCGAGAGAGGGCCCGCUGGGGCCGGUGUCGGUUCCCUUUUCUACUACAAUACUGUGUUUUUAUGGGGAAUG